AUGCUGGGAUGGGCCAAGGCAGUUGAGGUGUACUUGCCGUGGUCUUUAGGACUUCCUUAUGAUUGGUGUUCCCAUGGGGUCGAUGGGGCAAUCAAGAAAUCGGUAACUGAAUUAGUUAAGGGGAUGUAUGCGGGUGCAAUGGCCUCUCACUCCCAAGGCUUUAAUCCACAAAAUGGUGACACGGUGGAAACACUAACUUUGGGCAUUUCCACGAUCUUGCGCGAGAUGGGUCUGCUGGAACCGGAUGCAACGUCACAUGAAUCUGCGUCACUGAACUCACUGCUGGAGCUUUUAAGAACGGCAUUGAGCGUCUUUCGAUUACCUUCUCCAAUGGACCCCCUGAAGAAAGUAGAGCAUUUGUCUCUGGCGUUCUGCCGAGUUAUCGACCUAGAAUACCAGCUUUACAACGGCUCCUCUCCGAUGGCAUGUUUCGGUCAAGACGUUGCCGUCUCUCUAACUGCCUGCAGUCGUAACCUAAGAACGUCUCUACCGGAUCUAAUGGAUUGUGAGCUGGACGCUCAACACAACGGAAUUAUGGAUCGGGAAUUUCGUUUCACUGAUCGGGAGUUGAACAUACCCAUCACACUGGUCAAAGAAGUAUAUCGUGACACGUCUGUUCCUGAGCGUGUGCGACGGAAAGAGAUGCUUACGUAUCUGGCACUGUACAGAGCAGUGAUUAUAUUUUAUCGGUCGGUUAACCCUUCGUGUCACGCAGUCUUGGGUAUGCCCAACCUGGACAAGUUGACCCUUAUUCCGGGUUGGUCAAUUCAAAAAGUCCUGUUCGGCACUGAGGUUGGGUCCCGUAUACGGCGGUCCCCGGCUUCCUCAGCUCCACAAGCAGACGACCGGACAGCACACGACCGGACAGCGCACGACCGGACCACGCACGACCGGACAACGCACGACUGGACAACGCAGGACCCAACAGCACAGGACCAAACAGCGCAGGACCGAGCCAGGUUGGAACACACAAUCUCUGGAGGUGGUCCGGGCAUUGGCCACAUCAUGGACGGCCCUCCUAUAAGUUUACCUUUGAUCUAUUUCCUCAAGCAGUCACCUGGUACUUGGAACGUUGCGCAGCAAUGCAAAGUUCUGGUUAUAAUACGUGGGACCCAAACAGACUUUGAGUGGUUAGGUGACUUUCAGUAUCAUACCUAUCCUGCAUUCAUUGGACGAUCAACAGCCCAACAGGGCUCGCUAAAGAUGGCACUGGCUCUUUUCGACCCGGUCCGGAACAUCCUGCAGGAACUACUGCAGGAGUGCGGUUGUAAUAAUGAACGGACUGAAAUCAUUUUCUCCGGACACUCUCUCGGAGGCUCCCUAUCCGUACUUCUGAGUACAAUGAUCAAGUACCAUUUCGAGCGAAACGGGUGCGAUUUGUCGAUUGGAAGUGUGACUUUCUCAAGCCCACGGGUGCUCAAUGGUUACCACCCGGGAGUGGUCUACCGGUCGAUCGUGGAUCGUAAAGACCCGAUUUAUUCUUUCCCGUGUUUCCACGGCUCCUUCGAAGGCCGGGUGGAGGGCAACGGGCGCGCCGGGUGGCCUCGGUGCGGGUCAGGUCACGCCGUUAUUCGCGGCCAAGGCACUGACGCGUUCCCAACCCCAUGGGGCCGGGUCGUCAUGGACGCCAAACUGGUCCCGGGCAUAAAUUACCAAGCUCAAGACAAUGCCACAUUCGCCACCAACCAGCAGUACCAAACGUUCCUCGAUAACCACGCAAGAAUCACCGACUGGAUCUCCGCUCUAGAGCCCACUCCAGAAACUAUUUCCCAGCUUCGCUUCUUACCCAGGACGUUGCAAUAUACCUACCAUGGUCCACCCAUUACUGAGUCUACACCCAUGACCGAGUCUACACCCAUGACCGAGUCUACACCCAUGACCGAGUCUACGCCCAAUACCAUGCCUUUGGGACUCCCAUUCCGAGAAACUCCGCCACAUGUUCGUCACGCCAAGUCGGUCCCCAAUUUGUUACCUCUUCCUGACCUAAGAUCUCUUCCCGACCUAAGAUCUCUUCCCGACCUAGGAUCUCUUCCCGACCUAGGAUCUCUUCCGGACCUGGGAUCUCUUCCCUACCUGGGAUCUCCACCGGGUGUAGGCCCUCUUCCUGAGUUUGGGCCUAUUCCAGCGUUCGAGUCUUUAUUGAAACAAGAUGUUUCUUGGUCGGGGUUGCGGACAAGCCGGAUGGGUACGGACGAAGCACUUUCGGAUUUGGAGGAGGCUCUUUCGGAUCUGAGUGAUAUUUUUGGCCCCAAGGUUGUUCCGGAAGCGGUCGACCGGAACGCCACCACUGGUUUGGUGACGAUUCCGGCGGUCGGUCCACGCAUAAAUCCGGCUACGAGCUUGUUGCAAUGGGUCAACGCCUACGCUGGUAACGCCGCCAGCAAAAUGGCCCACGCUCUAAGAUUGAUGCUACGCCAAUUCGAGACCAUCUAUUACAUACCGACACGCCACGAUUUGAUCACUGGCCACGCCAGCUCCGUCAGCUGCGGACUCAGCAGCGCCUGCCGCGCCACCAGGAGCAACUUCGUCUGGAGAUGCGACUACUGA